AAAGGAAAGAAAUGAACCGGGCAAAAUUUACCUGCCUGCGAUCGAUGGGGGACUUCAGAUCUCUACCACUCCCGUCGGGCUGCGCUCCAAGCAAGGAGGAGGAGGAGGAGAAGUGCGUCCCCGAGCGGACGAUCGGUAGAUGAUUCCUUCAAACGCUAUCCCUAAUGAUUAGUUCCCAAAGAAUGCAACCCAAGCGGAGGCCGCUCCUUCCCCUCCUCUUCUUCCUCUCCUUCUCUGCCCUCCUCCUCUUCUUCUACCACUCCUCAUCCUCCUCCCUUCUCCUUUCAUCAAGCCCCAACCCUAAUCCUCGCUUCACGUUCAUCAUCAAGCUCCUCACAUUCGACCGCAUCGACUCGCUCCGCCGAUGUCUCCGAUCGCUCGCCGCCGCCGACUACACCGGUGACCGCGUCCACCUCCACGUCCUCGUAGACCACUUCCGCCCGCUCAAUGGCUCCUCCGGCGCCACCCUCGACCGCAAGCUGGAGGAGUCGCGCCGGAUCCUGUAUCUCGUCGACCGCCUUCACUGGCCCCACGGGGACAAGAUCGUGCACUACCGGACGGCCAAUGCCGGGCUACAGGCCCAGUGGCUGGAGGCAUGGUGGCCGAGCUCCGAUGACGAGUUCGCCUUCGUGGUGGAGGACGACCUCGAGCUGUCCCCGCUGUACUACAAGUUCCUGAAAGGGCUGAUCUUGAAGUACUACUACGACCCGGCGAACUACGAUCCGUCCAUCUAUGGGGCGUCUCUGCAGCGGCCGAGGUUCGUUGCUGGUAAAAAUGGAAACAAGCUGCAAGUGGGCAGUGAAACACGAAUUUUCUUAUACCAGAUGGUUGGCACAUGGGGUCAGCUUCUUUUUCCAAAACCAUGGAAGGAAUUCCGCCUGUGGUAUGAUGAGCACAAAUCCAAAGAAAUCAAACCAAUUCUUCAAGGCAUGGUGACAACAGGAUGGUACAAAAGGUUUGGCGAGAGAAUUUGGACUCCUUGGUUCAUCAAAUUCAUCCAUUCCCGAGGGUACUACAAUAUCUAUACAAACUUUGAGCAAGAAAGAGCACUCAGCAUCUCUCACAGGGAUGCAGGUGUAAAUUAUGGGAAGACGGUUGGUCCUGAUUCAAGUUUGUUGGUAGAUGAAUCUCUUAGUUUCAAUCUCUGGGAAGUGCCGCCACUGAGGAACUUAAAAUGGUAUGAUUUCUGUUUCACAGAAACACUGCCAGGCAGAAUUGUGAGCGACUUUAGUGGACUCAGGUCCUUACUAUACUCCUUGAAGCAGCAGAAAACAAUAAUCGUAAUAAGCUUGUACCAGACAACAGAGAGGAUUGCUAAAAACUUGAUUUGCAAUCUUGAAAAAGCUGGUUCACUGAACUUCAUUCUCCUUGGUGGCAAUCCAGAGUUCUUGAUCGACCUUGCCAGAAGAGGAUAUCCUGUAAUCGAUGCAGAUCAGUUGAUUUCUAGCAUUAGGCACGACAAGUCAGUAUAUCUUGAACGUGAAACAGACAUCAUAAGGGAGAUAUGGGUUAAAGCCACUAUAGUUCAGAAGUGCCUGGAAUUAGGAUAUAACUUGUGGUUGAUAGACGGUAACAUGAUUCCAGGUAGUGGCUCAUUAUCCGAGUUGCCGCAUCCCUCCUAUGACUUUGUUGUUGUAAAAGAUGUGGGGCUGUUGUUUGUGAAGAGCUCUCCACCUUCCUUGAAGAUGUGGAAUGAUGAUUACAUUCACAAGGUGGUGGCAGAGUGCCAGUCCCUGACAGGAAGCAACUCCCACCUGAUGGAACACAAGAAUUUUGUGUAUCUUGCUAGGAAAGCUUUAGAUGAUAAUGCUGAUGUGAGAGUUGAUGACUCAGCCGUUGGUGUGAAAUUAGGUGCUAUCACCAUGAACCGUACCGAGAGCAAACUGAACAUGGUCUUCUGGUCUCAAGAGAUGGCAUCAGCUUUGGUACAGAAGGAGCUUGAAAGGCUGGGGAUGUGGUCGAUCGAUGUGGAUUCUUCAUGUGUUUCUGUUGUUUGCCACAAGACACAUAGAAGCCAGUUUUGAGUACCACAAUCAAUUUUCUGGUUCUUAUGCUGUACUAAAGAGUCUGCAAUGUCACCUAAACAACAUCUUAAAUGCAGGAGGAAGGCCAUUUUUACA